GUGCCUUCAUCCUGCCUUUCCCACUUCUCUGCAAGAAGGACCCCAAGACAUCGGCAAGAUGAAACUUGUACUCCUGGCUCUGUUCGUGGCCGUGGCCUCUGCCAAAUUGCACAAGAAGAACACAGGUGAGUGGCGUUUCUUCGCUGAUUCUGCCGACAAUAAAGAGAAGAUUGAAGAAAAUGGGCCACUCAGAGGCUUCUUGAGAGACGUCAAUUGUAAUGACAGACAAUGUAAUUCUGUUACCUUGACUUUCUGGAUGAUAAACAAUGGAGUGUGCGAAAAGGUCACCCUGGUCGGAAACAGAGCACCUGGUUCUGAUCAAUACACCACUGCUUUUGAAGGACAAAAUUACUUCACUUUCUGCGAUCAAUCCAAAAACGUGUUGGUCAUCUGUAUCCGGAACACCGAUGAAACCGGAACUGUCACGAAUAUGGUUAAGGGUGCAGUAAGACCUGGCUAUGAACCCACUGACGCCGAUCGCGAAAUGUACGAAAAGUUGGUUAAGGAACACGGUAUUCCCCUAGAAAACAUCAUACGUUACCAAUCUGAAGAUACCUGCCCUCAGUAAGAACGCCAGUUGGACAUCUCCAAAUCGUGAUGACAGAAUGCAGCAGCAUCUUAGAUACCCGAAUCACGAGUCAAAUUGGAAUUCCUUCUUUCCCAUUAUCACAUUGACCUCAGCCCAUGUUUUUCUCUUUCUUUGUUUCCCACAUGCUGAUGUAUCCCAUUCAAUGCCUAAAUUAAUAAACUGAUUAUUCUAUGCACAAAA